CCUUCCUUUCCGAAAUCUAUCCGACAGAAUGGCACCGCUUAAGAAAGGAGGCGAGAAGAAGAAGGGGCGCUCUGCCAUCAAUGAGGUGGUGACCAGAGAAUACACCAUCAACAUCCACAAGCGCAUCCACGGCAUCUCCUUUAAGAGGAGGGCACCUCGUGCCAUUAAGGAGAUCCGUAAGUUUGCCAUGAAGGAGAUGGGCACCCCUGACGUACGCAUCGACACCCGUCUGAACAAAGCCGUGUGGGCGAAAGGAGUCAGGAACGUGCCGUACCGCAUGCGUGUCCGCCUGUCAAGGAAACGAAACGAGGAUGAGGACUCUCCCAACAAGCUGUACACUCUCGUCACAUACGUCCCCGUGACCACGUACAAGGGUCUCCAGACUGUCAAUGUGGAUGAGAAUUAAUUUUUUUGUUCACUGAUGUUUGAAUAAAUUUAUAAAAGAA